GGGGUAUCGAAAACGAUGGCGUUUUUGCAAACGUCAUGGCAAAGCCUACUCGGCCUGUGCAAGUUCGCACUGAAGACGGAGACGUAUACAUGGUUCCUGAGGAGACCCAGAGUCAGGCUCCACCGUCUUAUGCAGAUGCACAGGCAGAUGCAGUCCCUUCUUAUUUCGAAAACACUAUCCAUGCACCCUCAGGAUUCGAUCUUGACUCUGAUAUGAUGAUCGAAGACCUCCCUUCAGGCUCAAUCCUCAUAUUCGCCGCCAAUCUUUUCACUUCCUUCUUCUUCCAAUUCGUUGGUUUCCUACUUACGUACCUCUUGCACACAUCCCAUCCGGUCUUGGGCUCACGCUCAUUCAGUAUGG